CAUAUGGCUACCUCUGAUUUCGUUUUAAAUGUAUUUGAGUUAUUUAUAUCAACAAAUUUCUAUCAGAUGAUGACAUUGUAGCUCAUAUCACCCUUUUUUCUAUUGAGGUAUCAAAAUUAAUUGCUUUAUUAUGUACGGAAGAAGUAGAUUUUCCGAUCAUGAAUAGUGAAAAUAGAUGAAUUCUAAACUUCAAUCUACAAAAAUGGCUGAUACGCUUAUGUUCAACUGUGAUAUGCCUAUAAUACAUGUUUUUGUGAUAGGAUUUCACCAUAAGAAAGGCUGUGUUGUGGAAUAUUCAUAUCCACCUUUAGUUGAAGGGGAAAACAUCAAAAGCAGUGAUUUACCUGAGCCUUGGAAGCAUUUACCAACUCUAGCAUUGCCAGAUGGUGCCCACAACUAUGAAAAAGAUACAAUUUAUUUUCAUUUGCCAUCUUUGGAUAAUCCUCAUCAGACUGUCUAUGGAAUAUCUUGUUAUCGACAGAUGAAUGCAAAAAAUUUAAUUCGAAGGAGUUCUGACAUUACCAGAGAAACUGUUCAAAAAAGUGUGUGUGUAUUGAGCAAAGUACCUUUGUAUGGUCUUAUCCAAGCCAAACUGGAAUUAAUUACACAUGCAUAUUUUGAUGAAAGGGAUUUUAGUAAAGUGUCGCUACUUGAAGAAACUUACAAGAAUUUAAAUAGUUCUCUUCCUAAAGAUUUGUCUGAUGGGCAACAAGCAUUUCUGGGUUUAUCUGUGCGAGAUUUUGUGUUACGCUUUAAGCAUAAAACUUUACUUCUUUUUAAACUUCUCCUGUUAGAGAGAAAGGUUCUAUUUUACAAGGCACCUGUAAAAAAUCUUUGUUCUGCAGUUCUAACUCUUUGUUCCUUAAUUCCUGGAAUGAUUGAAAAGGGGUUAAAUGAAGCUGCUACAUCCUGGUGUACAAGGAGUACUCCUCAAUUAACUGUAACAGAUAAGGAAGAUUAUUUAGAGGUAUCCUAUAAAGAAAAUAACAAUGAAACUCAACUUAAAGAUGUGGUAACCAACAAUGUAUCGAAUCCAGUGCAUUGUAAUAUUGUAGAAAAUGCAACUGAUGACUGUUUAUCUCAAGAUAAUGAUUCUUUCAAAAAUAACAAGCCCCACACCACUGUGAUAUGUCCUGAUGCAAAUGAUAAUGAAAAUAUUACUCAAAAUCUUAAUGAAUUAAAAUGUAAAAUUUCUAGACCAAAAACAUUAUCCACUAAAAAAUUGGGUUUUCCUGAUUCGGAAGCUUCUAGUAAAGGUUCCAGUUUAAACAGUAGUGAUACUGAAGGUGAUAGUUGGGUGAAAGUGAAUCAUAUUACACCAGAUAUUGGUUCUAGUGCUACUAGUAUUACAUCAUCUACAGGUACAGAAACAAAGGUGAAUGAUGAAGAUAAAUUGGUUCAUGCAAUCAAUGAGUUGUUGGAGGGAGAUGACAAAACAAAAUUAAAUAACUCAUCUUUGAAAUUUCAAGAUGAUUCUACAGAUACCAAUCAAGAAGGUCAAAAGUUGCAGAAUGUUAUCCCAGCUAUUAAUGAUGGGAUAUCAAAUAUAAUGUCUUCUCUUCGAGGUAGCAAAUCUUCUGUCUUACCAUCUUCAACUAUUCGAGGAGGAGAUAGUGAAGUCAGACGGUGGAGUACAUCUAACUCUCAAGCUGAAAAGAAUGAAAUCUCAGAGACUGAAAAAUCUUUAAAUGUGAUGGACAUUGAAUCCGAUGAGUGUGGCCUGCCAUUAUGUAUAUUUACUAAGGGCAUGCUUUGCCAUCCGUAUUUGUCUUUGCCAUUUUUAGAUGUUUUGAAUGAUCUCAGUGUUCGAGGAUUUCUUGUGGGCGCUACAAAUAUUCUUUUUAAACAAAAGAAACAACUAUUUGAUGUAAUAAUUGAAGUUGAUGAUGGAAAAAUAGAAAUUAUAGAUCCUGACUUAAAAAAACAAUUGAAUUUAACCACAGAAGAUUUAAGAUUUGCUGAUCACAUUGUGAGACAUGUUAUGGAAGACAGACAAGAUGUAUUCCUUGAUGGCACUGGUUGGGAAGGUGGAGAUGAGUGGUUAAGGUCUCAAUUUAAAUUAUACCUUUUAAGUUUGAUGCGUACUUCUGAAAUUGAAGGUAAUGGCAAAGAACUUGAACCCUUCAAUCCUAGCUUUGUAAAUGCAUGGAAGCAGACUCAUAAUUAUAAAAUGUGGAGUUGUAGCUUGCAUUCAGGAAUUCUGGAAGUAAACCCUGGCCACCCAUUUCAAGGACAACUUAGUAUGGCUGAUAUGAAAUUGAAAUUUUCUCAUACCAUGCAGAGUUCAGAACGUGGUCGUCGUCUAAACACUGCUGUGGUUAAUACGGGAAAAGCUGUUGUUCAAACGGGGAAAGCUGUAGGUAAGGUGGUGCACUCACUAAUGCAAAGUCAGCCGUCUCCUCCUGGUGGUCAAGCUUUAGCACUCCAAUUCCACAAGAAAAGCUGGAUUGUGAAGAAGGUGAACAAAUUAGUCCAUCAAAAGAAGUCGAAACCCAACAAUUCAGUCUAGAUGGGCUUCAGACAGAUUAAUUUGUGCUGCAUUUUAUAUGUUCCUUUCUCUGUUUGUAAAUAGGUAAUUGUAUAUCUCAUAAAAGAAUUUCGUUUUCACUUUAUAAUUGGAUGAAAAUGGAAAUUAUAGAAAUUUGAUGUGUAUGUAGUGUAACUUAAAAAGUACCAUAACAAGUUGUGUGGAAUGCUGGUUUUUCUGUAUUUCCAUCCCUUUGCUGGAAUAUUAAAUUCCAGGUGGAACUUCAAUCUUUCUGUGAAGAUUGUUGCUAAGAUGGUGAUGGUACUAACAAGGGAAAAAAAUGCAUUCCAACUUUGCUCACUAAUAUGAAUUUAAAAUAUUAAAUUUGAUUGUUAUUUGUGUAUAGUAUUACUUGAAAGUAUUAUUGUACUAUAUGCUUUUAAAGACCAAAAAAGAAUUUUUUUUACAAUGAAUUAGAAACCAGUUAAAUAUUUUCUAAAAUUUAUUUUGUUUCAUUUUUUAUAAUUUAUUACGUUUAAGUUUUGUACUUUUUAAUAAUUAUGUGAUCAUUUCUCAAAUAUAUUGAAAUUGAUAUUUACAAAUUCUCAGAUGUUACUUUAAUAAAACCUGAAUACAAAUUCAUAAUAAAAUUUUUGAUGUAAUGGAAUUAGACAUGAAUAUUUAAAAAUUGUUUAUGACAGAAUGUCUGUUCAAUAAUAAUCAAUAGUAGUUUUUAUAAAAUUUUAACUUUAUGAAUAGUGCCCUUGUAGGCUUGACUCAAAUUUCUGUAAGUCCUGUUUUAAAGUAAUUCCAAUUAUGUAAUCUUUCUUUAACUUAGAAUAUUCUUCUAAUUUUUACUGAAAACUUAUAAGCUCUCCUUUUUUUUAUAAUCUGAAUAUCCUCACUUUUAAAUGAAAAGUACUUAAAAUUUCAUACUUAAUUGUUUAUAAAAUUCUGAGGAAUAAAUAUAUGUGGCGAAAUUAUUGGCAUUAUUUGAAUAUUAUAAUUUUAGUGGAUUAAAUAACAGUAAAUCUAAAAGAUAGAAUUUUCAUUAAAAGAUAUUUAAUAAUUUUUCUUGAAAUCUUUUGACUUUGGACAAUUAUUAGUUUAGAAAUUUAUUACUUCAAAAGGAAAUGAAUUUCCAUAUUGUUAUAAAUUAAAGUUUUGUCUCCAAUGAUUUUUUAUUGC